AAUGGCGAUCCAAUUCAGGGAUCCUCUAUGGAGACUUCUGUAUUCUUUGUUUCUGGUUAAGAUUGAUUUGGAUUUUCAUAUUUAUCUUACCGAGGAGAUCUUUAUAAAUAUAUUAGAGGAAAAACACAUAAUGGGUAAAACUAAGAAGACAAGAAAAAUUGUUAUGCAGAGGUUUGCACAAAUGAAGAAAAUGAUCAGUCCAAGUGACCCAAGAAUAAAACCGAAACUGCGAGCUCCCCCAAGGAAGAAAAAACCAGAAGAUCCUACUGAGUUAAAAGUUAAAGAAGUGCCGCAGCAAUCAUCGGCGUUAUUCUUUCAAUAUAAUACACAGCUUGGUCCACCCUACCAUAUUUUGGUUGAUACAAAUUUCGUAAAUUUUUCCAUAAAGAACAAGUUAGACAUUAUACAGAAUAUGAUGGAUUGUUUGUACGCAAAAUGCAUUCCAUAUAUUACAGACUGUGUAAUGGGGGAAUUGGAGAAACUUGGUCAGAAAUACAAGAUUGCAUUAAAAAUUAUAAAAGAUCCACGAUUUGAAAGAUUGAACUGUAUGCACAAGGGUACAUAUGCCGACGAUUGCAUCGUCAAUCGUGUAACUCAACAUAAAUGUUAUAUCGUUGCAACCAAUGACAAAGACUUGAAGAGGAGGAUUAGGAAAAUUCCAGGUGUACCGAUAAUGUACGUGUCUCAACAUCGUUAUACCAUCGAAAGAAUGCCAGAUGCGUAUGGUGCCCCAAAAACGUAAACAAAUGUUACAUAGUUUUUUAGAAAAUAUUUUUUAAUAAAACCGCUGUCUGAUAAUAGGGUA